CGCGGACGCCGGAGGUGGAGAAGCGUUGGCAGGCGCGGACCCCAGCCGCAGACGCAAGCACUUGUUGGGGGGGGGGGAAACAAGUAGAAGAGGAACGCGGACGCACUCAUGGAAGUGGAGGAUAUUUAAGCACUUGCCUCGGGGGGCGCACAGACACCGCAGUCCAUGCCUCUGCCUUGCCGGGUCCUUGAUGGGAAACCAACUGGACCGGAUCACUCACCUCAACUACAGCGAGCUGCCCACGGGGGACCCGUCCGGGCUGGAGAAGGACGAGCUGCGCGUCGGCGUCGCCUACUUCUUCUCCGACGAGGAGGAGGAGGCGGACGAGCGCAGCACGCCGUCCGCCUGCGGCUUCGGCAUUAAGGAGCACAGCCCCGCCGACGAGGAGGACGCGGGACCGGGGGGGCCCUUCUCCCUGAGCGAGCUGGAGUACUCGGCGUUCCGCGCGCACGAGUGCAUCUUCUCCAAGCUGCGCGAGGACGACGACCUGGACGUGUACGCGGCCGCAACUUUGCUGGGCGUGUGCAAGCCGGGCGACCUGCUGGAGCUGGUGGCCGCCGCGCAGCCGCCGCACUGGGCCGUGUGCGAGCGCGGCGGCCGCGUCGUCCACCUGCACAAGGGCGAGAUCCGGCGGGACGGCCUGCUCGACGUGUGCAACGGCCGCCGCGGGAGGAUCGCCAACGGCCGCUACCGCUACCGGCCGCUGCCCGCCGACCUGGUGGUGCAGAACGCCGCGGGCCACGUGGGCCUGCGCAGCGACGAGAUUUGCUGGACCAACUCGGAAAGUUUCGCCGCGUGGUGCCGCUUCGGCAAGCGGGAGUUCAAGGCCGGCGGCGAGGCGCACUCGGCCGAGCAGCAGUACUUCCUCAAGGUGCACCUGGCCGGCAGGGGCGUGCACACGCUGGUCUUUCGCAGCCUGGAGGACAUGAUCCGGGAGAGGCGGCGGCUGGACGCCAGCGGGAUCCUCCAGGAGCAAGGAGUGAUCAGGGAUUCCGUUUGAUAUCGACCCCUCCCCUCCCCUGUAGGGUUUGGACCUCGCCGUGAUGCGUUCAAAGACCGCAGACGCUGUGUUGUUGUGGAAUGUGGAACCGUGUAAACAAGACUCCGCCCCCCACCCCACUGAAGAAAAAAGACAAAAAAACAAAAAACUGCUCCCUCUCAUGACUGGCUUGGUUUUGCCUUGAUUCUCCGGCUGGAUGUUGGAUUUUUAUUUUAUUUCAUUUUUUUUUGUUUGGUGGGGGGGGGGGGAUUUGAGAGGGAGAGUCCACCUUCUAUUUUUUACUGUUAGCUUUAAGAGUUCCCCUCAUGGUCACACAUAAGCUGCCUAAAUAAUAACGAAAGAGAGAAAGAAGAAAAGAAAAAAAAAAGAAGCAUUUUUGGCUUAUUCAAAAAGCAAUCCCUCUUCUUGCCAUAUAUGACAAUAUUACUGUAUUGUCACCCUACAGCCAUCCUGCUCCACAGCAAUGGAUGUGUGUUAAAAAGGAAAAAAAAAUGUAUUCCUUUAUUUUUGUAUUUGCGUUGAGUGGAUUAUUGACCCUGAUCUUGUUUUUAUUCCCCUCUUUUUUUGAUUCAAAUAAAUGGAGGUUGAAAUAUGAAAACAAGUGCUUGGUCCAGCAGGUGUUAUUAGGUUUGCACACACACAUGCAAACACACGCCCACGACAGCUCUUACUCACUGUAUGAAUUAUUAAUGCGUCAGUGACCCGCCUCGGGCCUGAUAGGCUUCAUGUAUCGGCGCAUAUUUGAAAGGCGAGGAAAUGGUCAUCUGCAUUGAGCACACAAAAAGCCUUCAUGAAAAAUCCAUGUGGCAUUUAAGCUGUUUUAUACAGCUUUUUUUCUUUUCUUUUUUUUUUAACCCUCUCCUUUUCAUUUCAGCACUGAUCGGAAUGAUAUGAGCGUCAUGUUGUUUAGAAGGGAUGAUGUUACUCCUCAGCGCAUCCCUGAAGAUAAUCUUAUUAAACGCUUGCAUAGCUUGACGGAGGAUGAGAGGCUCGCUCUGGUCAUGAUUAUGCAUGCCAGUAGAGCUGAGGAAGUGUUGUUGUUGUUUGUUUUUUUGUUUUUUAAAUCUGCCUCACAGUUCUGUGGCUCUGGGUUCAGAUCCAGUUUUUCCCGUGUGGCGUUUGUGUGUUCUUCCUGUGGUUGCAUGGGUUUUCCUCAGGUACCCUGACCUCCUCACACAGCCCGAUGCAACAAGAAUUUUGAAAAUCGGAUAAUGGGUUCUGAAAAUUAUUAUUUGUUUUUGUGUGUGCGUGUAUGGAGGGGGAGGGAGGUGGCUUUUUGGGACACCAUUUUUGUGCCAUAUUGCCUUUAGCAGUGAUUUUCAGUGUGGUACUAGUAGUACCUCGAGUUGUACACGGGCUCCCUGUAGUGUUAUGUGAAAGAACCACUGCCUAAAUACUGUUCAGAUGGUAUUUUACUUUUUAGUACAUUUCAAAAUAAUACAUUCAUCUCUAUGAUUUACUAUAGGUGCCUUAAGCAUUGAUUACUUUUGUAAUUAGGUGUUUGUGAUUUGAGCAGUCCAGUUCACGUGGCCUGUGCAUGGGCAGUGACGUCACGCUCACUGGCCGGAAGCAGAAAGUGUAACCGAGGCAGUAGCGUGUGCCACUUAGUUUCGUUCGACUGUGUGCGCGUCAAUGACGAAGUGAAUAACAACACAUAAUUACACUGUAAGUGCCUUGUUGCAUUAUUAGGGUAUUUUACGUGAUAUUUAUUACUGAAAGUAAAGCGUAUUGAUUGGUAAAAUAAGCGACUUCCACUACGGGAAGUGGUGUGUUUUGUCCUACAGAAUAAGAGCACAAUACAGGAAUCGCUAACUUUGUAAAUAUUGGUAACUUAACAGCAUUCUUCAUCAAUGUCAUAUGUAAGUGCACAUUUAAGUACACACACAGGCAUAGCUAGUGUAAAGCACCAAUACAUUUUUCCUUAUUUCUUGGGGUUCAUUUUUUUUUUUUUUUUAAAUGGAUGAAUGGCGAGCUCAAUGAGACAACUAAAGAAGGCUCGCGUGUUUCCACGCGCUCGGUUUGGCUGCAGCCAACUGGCAGACAAAGAGCUUUCGGUGUGGGAGAGCGUCGGGUUGCGUUUGCGUCCGCCGAUGCUUUGUGGUGCGCGACGAUGUGUGGAGGCGUUGAUGAGUCAGAAGUCGCGGCGUACCCGUGUGUCUUUCACUGUUUACAUGUCGAUCCAAAUGUCAAUCUUACUUUUGCUGUGACCUUCUCCCCCUCCCCACCCCUCCUUAAACGGGCUACACACACAUACUGAUAUUUGGGAUAGAUUUGAACACUUUUUUCCCCCCCAGCAAAGUCAGAUUGUUGGCGCGCUCUAAAAGCUUAUCCUAAAGUGAUUAUAUUGUUGUGUGGUGUGUGUUUAAGGUGAGUUUUCUGCACGGAAAAUGGUCUUAAAUGUUAAACCUGUUCAAUAUUUGCUAGUGGUAGGCUAAACACUGACCUACAUUUACAACCUAGAUUCUAAUUCAGUUUCAUGAAAGUGUAUUGAUUGAUUCCAAACAAUAUAUUCUCUUCAUUUCAUAAUGUUUCUCUUAGCUGUACUAAGAGAUUUUUUUUAUUUUUUUUUGUCCAAUCAGAUCUCAGCUUCUAUGUGAUGCCAUGUCAAUCUAACCUACCCAGGGCAUUCAGUGGUGCUGGCCCAUGUGACCUAAACUAUAACAGCAAUGGGGCUGAUCAGAUUGCAAACUCCCACUCAGCAUCUUUUCAUCCUCUGAUUGGUUGAUAAGAGCAAAACAUGUUCCAGCCAACUUCGACUAGCAAAAGAUGUCUGUAGCGGUGUGCACACAUUUUUACAUUGAAUAAACUGCAUAUCUGGUGA